UAUAUCUCUCCUCUUCUCUCACAGCCUUCUGUGAAAAGUCUUUUUUUUUUCCUUUAACUUUGGUUCGUACACCUGGUGGUCGGAGCUGGCCUCUACGCCGGCCGGUGAGAUAGACUUUCCCUUCGUGUUAUCUUUCUGCGACGAAUUUUUGUCCUUUGUGUUCCGUGAGCACAGUCCUGCAUCACAUGCGACACCGAUGCGCGACAUGUCCACUUUAAAUUGCAUUUAGUGACUCUUUUCUUCGUGUUGCAGUGUUGAGAGUAGUAUCUGUAUGCUUGUUCAUCAGGUGACUAGAACUGUAUAGAUGAUGCUUUUGGAAGAUGGGUAUGCAGGUUUGGUUGAGUCCACUUUUCUGAGUUAAAGGGCCACGUUAGGCUCUUAGCUUGAACAUUCUUCCUCUUAAGGUCUGAAGAAAACUGGUGGUGUUUCUGGUUUCAUGGUUUUUCUUCCUCAAACUGCAUUUCUCUGUCUCUCUGGUCGAAGAGAUAAAGAGCAAGUGUGAACUUUCUAGUUCUGAAACCUAAGUUUGUUGGGUACUUACAUAUCCUCUGCAACCUUGACUUAUGUAUAAAGCCAGGUAAACCUGAAAUUAGAGAUCUGCAUUCUGCUAAUGAAAGGAGUCAGUUUCAAUGACUUAUCCUCUCUCAGUGCUGGUGACAUGAAUUGCAUAAUGAUCUAAAGCGGAAUUAAGCUUCUUCUGUGUUGGUACCGGCGUGACUUUGAAUAACCAUUAAUUUUCAAAAACAUUCUGUGCAUGUCUGGAUUAGCUUACAACUUUUACUUCCAUAAAGCAUCAAGCAGAGGGUUUUGACAAUAUGGCAACUUAUUUGCCAAAUUCAUAUUCUGAGACACCGAUUACCCCUAGUAAUGUAACGUUGUAUAUGAACAAUGGUUCAUAUCCAGAAGCAUUCUCUGGCAAUUCUCAGGAGCAAAAUGGGUGCUUUGUGAUCCCACCAACGAGUUUGUCACAAUCAGCCCCAGAACAGCAAGAAAUCUUGGCAAAUCUUGGUGGGCAACAAACUGGGGCCUAUGAUUUCACUGCAUGGAGACCGGGGAGAAAUGAGAUGCUAGUAACACACCCCAUGGAUGGACAUAACUUGCAGAGCCAGGGAUUAUCUCUCAGUCUUGGGUCCCAAACACCACCAGGAAUCCAAGUGUCCCCUUUCCAUGAUCAAAGUUCUAACCCAAGUUUUGAUUCGUUUUUAGGUCAAAAUCCAUCAAUUUCAGGCCAUAAAAACAGCUCAUCUAGACAUGAGUGUAUGAGGCACGGUGAAAUUUUGCCUCCUGAUUUACCUGAAGCUAGUCAAGUUUUGGAUAGAGGGGAUUAUUCUUUGCACGGAAUGCCAAAUAUUUCAAGAACAAUUCCUAAUUCCAAGUACCUCAAGGCAGCACAGGAGCUACUCGAUGAGGUUGUUGACAUCCAAAAAGCUAUAAAACAACCCAAUGGGAAAAGUCCUAGCGCAGGUGAGAAAAAGACUUCUAAGGAGAAUGAUGGGAGACUAGAAAAUGAAAGGGCCCCUGCUAAUAGAGAGCCUAACCCUCAAGAUUUAGCCGGCAACACCUCUUGUGAGCUUUUACAUGCUGAAAAACAAGAUCUGCAGAACAAGUUAACAAAGCUACUGUCAAUGCUGGAUGAGGUUCACAGCAGGUACAAACAAUAUUAUCAUCAGAUGCAGAUUGUGGUAUUGUCAUUUGAUGUGAUAGCAGGACGUGGGGCAGCUAAACCAUACACGGCACUGGCUCUCCAAACCAUUUCGCGUCAUUUCCGGUGCUUGCAUGAUGCAAUCACUGGCCAGAUCAGUGCGACACAGAAGAGCCUUGGAGAGCAAGAUUCUGCAGGAAAUAAUGAAGGAGUUGGAAUAUCAAGACUCCGGUAUGUUGACCAACAAAUCCGGCAACAGAGGGCUCUCCAGCAGCUUGGAGUGAUGCAUCAUGCGUGGAGGCCACAAAGGGGACUACCAGAAGGCUCUGUUUCAAUUCUUCGCGCCUGGCUUUUUGAACAUUUCCUUCAUCCCUAUCCCAAAGAUUCUGAAAAGGCAAUGCUAGCAAGGCAGACAGGUUUGACUAGAAGUCAGGUCUCAAAUUGGUUUAUAAAUGCACGAGUUCGUCUCUGGAAACCUAUGAUUGAGGAGAUGUACAAGGAAGAAAUUGGAGAUGCCGACUUGAACUCCAGUUCUUCAACUGAAGAGGCAUCCAAGGUAGGCAAAAGCGAUGUCAAGAUCUCCGAAGAUGGGUGCGAUGAUUUACAACAGAGCCAGCGUUCAAUAGCCGACAAGAACAGCAAUGUUGGACUUGGACAAACAAAAGACUUGGGAUCUGACAAGCAGACCGAGGAGCAUCAAAGGCUCAGCUUCGAUGACUGUAGUGUCUUCCAAGAUAACACAGAUGUUCAGACUAAUGAAGGCAAUGCAGGGUUUGUGGCGGUUGCUCCGGCGUGCCAAAUGUCCGAGUUGGGAAGGUUUCAGUCUGGGAACGGCGUGUCCCUGACAUUAGGCUUGCAGCACUGUGAAGUUGGUGACUUUAUGUCUGGUGAGAGUCGUCAUAGCUUCGUUGUCAUGAGGGAGGAUGGUACCAUUGGAGCUCAGACAUCAGAACUUGAUUACGUAGCUGCUGGAAACCAGCACCGAAGGUUCACUGCGUCCCGUUAAUGGCAUGAUUUUAUAGCAUAAAGACAACCUGUUGCGAUAUUGUGACAUGCAAGAUGUAUAAUAAAGUAUAGUAUUGUGUCUGAUUUGAGUACAUCAGACACAAUCCUUGUGGGA